UAUGGUGACGGUGGCUGAAGUGGCCGGCCGAUCUGAAAAGAGUGGCGGGAGUUGCUUGCUCCACUUCCUCCCGAGUUCGUCCGGAGCUGCCCCUGGGGAAGACUUCGGUGACCUGGCUGGGAAGGGUUCGCAGGAGUGCGGAUCUCACCGCAAAGGUGUAUCGUGAUCCGCGGGAGCAAGUGUUGGCACCGGGAGCAUCCCUCGGGCCCAGCUGUGCAGGGGACGAUGCCCCUCCUAAACCAGCAGAUCCAAGAUGAGAAUGACUACAGCUUGACGGCCAGCCUUGACAACGUUAGGAAUCUCUCCACUAUCUUAAAGGCGAUUCAUUUCCAAGAACACGCCACGUGUUUUGCUACCAAAAAUGGAAUCAAGGUUACAGUGGAAAAUGCAAAGUGUGUGCAAGCCAAUGCUUUUAUUCAGGCUGGAAUAUUUCAAGAGUUUAAAGUUCAGGAAGAGCCUGUUACUUUUCGAAUUAAUUUAACUGUCCUUUUAGAUUGCUUAUCUAUUUUUGGAUCAAGUUCUAUGCCAGGAACGUUAACUGCGCUUCAAAUGUGUUACCAAGGUUAUGGUUACCCUCUGAUGCUAUUUCUUGAAGAAGGAGGCGUGGUGACUGUCUGCAAAAUCAAUACGCAGGAACCUGAGGAAACCCUGGAUUUUGAUUUCUGCAGCACCAAUGUUAUUAAUAAAAUUAUUCUGCAGUCAGAGGGGCUCCGUGAAGCAUUUUCCGAAUUGGAUAUGACAAGUGAGGUCCUACAGAUCACCAUGUCUCCUGACAAGCCUUACUUCAGGUUGUCUACUUUUGGGAAUGCAGGAAGCUCCCACCUUGACUAUCCCAAAGAUUCUGAUUUGAUGGAAUCAUUUAAUUGUACUCAAAACCAGGUCAACAGGUACAAGAUUUCUUUACUGAAACCCUCUACAAAGGCGUUAGUCCUGUCUUGUAAGGUAUCUAUUCGGACAGAUAACCGAGGAUUCCUGUCAUUACAGUAUAUGAUUAGAAAUGACGAUGGACAGAUAUGCUUUGUGGAAUAUUACUGCUGCCCUGACGAAGUUCCUGAACCUGACUCUUAAGUAUGACAGUACAUUGUGCCAUUUACGUAGACAUUCAUGAUAGGUCACAUUCUCAUUCUGGGUAUAGUACUCUUCAUGAUUUACUGGAUUUUCUCAAGGGAGGGAACGUGGAGGAGACAGGCGCAAGAUCCCUGUAUCCCAAUAGUUGCUGUAUAUUUUGUCAGUAAGUGCUUUCAUGGAGUCAGAUUAUCCAGUAUUGGACUAUCUGUGGUUCCAUCUUUUGAACUCAUCAGAAUCAUUAUGAACCAAGAUGAAUAUAUUAAUUCUAUUCUAUUUAAGUAGAACAUUUCAAGAGUCUAAAAAUUCAAAGUUUGAUGAAGCCAUAUCUGAAAUGGUCUUUUAUUUAUUUACUGUCAGAAAAAGGAAAGGCAUAUGGGCAUUACUUACUAGUUUGAAUUCUAGAGAAUAUAUCUUAAAGCAGUGAUUCUUAAAGUGUUGUGCCCAGAUCGAGCGCAUCAGCAUCACCUGGAAACUUGUCAGAAACUCUGGAAGUGGGCCAGCAAAAUAGCAAUGAACUGAUUGCUUUUACCUGUGGUUUCUUCUGCUGAAGUUUAGGCAUCGCUAAACAAGUCUAAAUAAUUAUAUGACUUAUUUUUAAAGUAUACAUUUUGAAGAAAUCUCUGAACAAGAUAGAAAACAGUCUUUAGAGUUACAGAUUUUCUUCUUCUCAGAACUGUUCAGCGCAGUGCAUACUUCAGUAAGCACUUGUUAGAUGCCUUCUAGUUCCCUAUGAGUUUCUCAACCAAACCAAGGUGUAGAAAGCCAGUUAUUCAGUGAUUUCUCAUUUCUUGGGUAAUUUUCAAUGAAAUAAUUUUGUGGUGUGUCAGUAUUUAGUAAAAUAUAAUACUAAAAUUAUCUGACUUGCUUUCUAAUAGAAAAAAUAUAUAACUAAAAUGAAGUUUCUGUACCAAAUGACAACAGCUCCGUGUCUCUAGGUGGGCAGGCACCAUUGGCCUUUUGGGUGGCAUAGUUCUUUAUGGGAAAACUCUGUCUCCCAUUCCAGGAUUCAUGUAGCCUCCCUGUCCCUAAUACUAGUCCUUGUGAUCACCCCCUCCCCCAAAUAAAUAGUGCCCCCUACUACUGAUGGUUGGGAACCAUUGAAUGAUAUUCACCAAAAUCUGAGGAUGUGUUUGGAAUGUGCUACCAUGAAACAGGCCACGUAGUAUUGGAGGAAAGUGGUUUGGAGAGUAAAGCACUUCAGAGACAGGCUCCCCUAGAACUGCUGUAAGCUUUUCUCCCAGGCACGUGAGCAAUUCUGUGUAUCUAGCCCAGGGUGAGUACCCCAUAACGAAUAAGUCUCCCAAGCAAUCUCAGGAUGCCCAGCUGGUACAAAAGAAGUUGGGAGUUUUGUAUAGUAUGUGUUUGAGAAAGAAAUGAAUGAAUCUAUUAAAUGUUAUCCAAAUAUUUUUGUUUAGAUAAAACAACAAGAACAGCAAAUCUAAAACAUAAUUAUGAAAAUAUUUCAUCAGUCAACAUUUCAAAGACUACAGUUUUCUUUUAAAAUUAAAAUAGUGCAGUU